CCCCCACACCCCAUCUUCUUCAGCUGCUUCUCUCCUCUCUCUCUGUCAGUGAAUUCGGUACCGACUGCAAUGCCACGUCCCUCACUCCCUGUGGGAGGCCGUCUCUGUCUGUUCUCCAGGGACCGCUGGUACCGUGGAUUUACCUUGGUGCUGACCUUUCUGUGUUAUACCAGUUACCACUUGUCUCGGAAACCCAUCAGCAUUGUCAAGGGGGAACUGCACAAAAAUUGCUCGGGAGAGGCCAGGCAUGGAAACCACAGCAUCUUUGACAAUGACACAUCGUGCGACUGGCCGCCCUUUGAUAAAGCCAAUUACAAGCUGCUGUUCGCUGCCCUGGAUAACUCCUUCCUCAUCGCCUAUGCCAUCGCCAUGUUCUUCAGUGGUAUGUUUGGUGAGCGACUGCCCCUGAGGUAUUACCUGAGUGUGGGGAUGCUGCUGAGUGGCCUCUUCACCUCCCUUUUUGGGUUGGGAUUUUACUGGAAGAUUCACAACAUUUGGUUCUUUGUGAUUGUGCAGGUUGCAAACGGGCUAGUGCAGACGACUGGUUGGCCAUCUGUGGUGACUUGCGUUGGGAACUGGUUUGGAAAGGGGAAGCGAGGGUUCAUCAUGGGUGUCUGGAACUCCCACACGUCUGUGGGUAAUAUCCUGGGGUCUCUGAUUGCUGGCGUCUGGGUGUCAUCAGCCUGGGGGCUGUCGUUCAUAGUGCCUGGAAUCAUCAUCGCCGUCAUGGGAAUAGUCUGUUUCUUCUUCCUGGUGGAACAUCCCGAAGAUGUGGGGUGCACUCCCCCAGAUCACCAGGAACAGCUGGAGCACGAGCCGUUGCUCUGCCAGGAGCUCGAGGAGGAGGAGGGGGAUCUCGGCCACCUCACGCCGAGCGGGGAGGCUGUGGGUGGCAGCGCCAGCUCGCACAAGGAGGCGCCCUCUGCCAUCAGCUUCCUCGGGGCGCUGAGAAUACCCGGAGUGGUGGAGUUUGCGCUGUGCCUGCUGUUUGCCAAGCUGGUCAGCUACACCUUCCUGUUCUGGCUACCGCUCUACCUCUCCCACGUUGGACAUUUAGAUCCCAAAAACGCCGGUGACAUUUCCACACUCUUUGACGUUGGUGGGAUUAUUGGUGGAAUUCUGGCUGGUGUGGUCUCUGAUUACACUGGGGGGAGAGCGACAACAUGCUACGUUAUGCUCAUCACAGCAGCUCCGAUGCUGUUCCUCUAUAAUUAUAUUGGACAAAGUGGACUUGCAACGGUGAUAGGGAUGCUGAUCGUCUGUGGUGCCCUAGUGAAUGGUCCCUAUGCUCUCAUCACCACAGCGGUGGCUGCUGAUCUGGGAACCCACAAGUGCCUGAAAGGCAACGCAAAAGCUUUAUCCACAGUCACCGCCAUCAUCGACGGCACCGGCUCCAUCGGAGCUGCUCUGGGGCCGCUACUUGCCGGCUUCAUCACAGACUGGAAUAAAGUCUUCUACAUGCUGAUCACCUCAGACACCCUUGCCUUCCUGCUGCUGAGCAGACUGGUGUACAAGGAAGUCCGCUGCUGGUGCGGUUACACUGCAAGACAAAGGGGGUGUAAAGAGAUCUGAACAGGAGCGGAGCAUUUAACAUGGACCAGAAAGUCGACACGACUGUGUUUUGCUUUGAAGUUCAGCUCCUCCUUGGACAAUCCCCGGAUCCUCGGAAGGGAGCGGAGUCGAGGGGGUCUUGAAUCUGCUGGGGGGGAGGGGGGACCGGGUGACUCAGUUCGGUUUAAAACCUGACUGCCUUUUAUGAACUCCAGCCCCUCGCUUUGAAUUAGUUUAUGUUUUACCAGUGUACAGUGAGACGCAUCUCGCUGUGAAUUAUUGAUGAAAGCUCUUUCUGAUGUGCAAUAUCUUUGAUCAUUUAAAAUGGGUGUCAAACUGUAUAAUUUAAAUUGGAGAAACGUGCUCUUAGUUUGGGUGCAAUUUUUUUCUGUCGGCUUUACUUCUGAGAGCCGGAGUGGACGGUUUGCCUGCCCUCGGUACCUUGGGGACCAGACAGAACCAGUGUAGCUGUGGGGAGUGAAGCCCCCCCUCCCUCAGGGAAUGCAUAAUCCUGGGAACAGACUGUAAUGCGGUUAAAACCACCCAAUUGUCUUGAAUCUUUUCCAAGCGCACAAACAAUCAAAAUAUAAACUGGUGCGUGAGUGUGUUUAUGUAUAUUGUACAUACAUCACAUGUGCGCACGCAUUUAUGAUACAUGUAACACACAAAUACACAUAUAUAUUCACUCACACAACUAUUGUAGCACUAAUAUUUUUCAAGCCUCUCUAGAGUGCUGUUAGAGUGAAUGCCAGCCAGCACUGUUGUCAAGUCUCUUCCCUUCCGGCCUCUCUUCCUGCAGAUUGCCGAGGCUGUGGUGGGGUUGUCCUGUCAUCGGAAUUGGACGAGGUCCAGUGGGUAGAAUGGGAACAGAACCAAUCUGUGACCAAUCAGCUUUCCACCGAUCCGCAGCCCAAACUGAGCUGUAUCUGCAACCCCCCCCCACCCCCGGCCCGGUGAGGGUACAAGACGGGUUCAGCGUGACUGACCGUGAGUGGGGUACAGGGGGAAAUGUACGAAAAUGUUGCUGUGCAGAAAGAUUUAACCUCUUGUUUUUCCCCCCCACCUCCCCCCCCCAAUUGUAAUGGUUUUAUAAAAUACUCAGCACUUGCUUUUAAAAGGUUCUGGUUUCAAGUCCAUCUUCCCCCUCCACCCCGUUCCUCCCCAGUCAUAGCUUUAAGCUCACAAUCCAGGUUGACUGGGGGCAGAGAGCACUUUAUUGUCAGAUAAAAUCAAUCACUCACCUCAUGACUGUUUGUAGGACGUCGCUGGGGACGAAUUGGCUCACCUACAAAAACCCACAAUCUCUUUAGACUGUAGGAAGCUUAGCAGCAUUCUGAAUGAAAUGGGUGCGAUAUACUGUAAGGGUUAUUAUGAUUAAUGUUCGGUUUCUUUGGAGUAAUGGGUGUUGGGAAUGAGUAUCAAUGUGUAUAAAGGUGUGAUCUACAGGGUAUUCACAAAUUCCUGUUUACCCCAAUGUGUAUUCUACAGUGCGCUCACUGACCAACAAACUGAAACAUGUGGAAGAAUGAUGAUAAUUGUAUUUAGAAGCACUUAAUUGUAUUCAGUUAAAAAUGUCUAACUGUGUUUAGAUGUCCAGAGUGAGUGAACGCUCUCAUUUUCAUGGCAGAUAAUGAUCUGUUGCUAUGUCAAGUGUGAUAUCUUUCGUAACAUGCGUGAAGUGAGGAGGAAGUUACUGAUAUCAGAUGUUGUUAUAAUGGAAAAUAAUUUUCUGUUUAAUUUCCUCGUCCGUAAUAGAAAAUAAAAAUAAUUGUAAGAAGAAAAGAAAACGGCGGGUGACAGGACUUUGUGAAUACACUGUAUAUAAAUACAAUUUGCUGUUGUUGGAAACGGAACCCCAACAUUGUUCCUCUGUCUAAUGGCCGUUUGGGAGUUCAGCCCUUGUGGAGCUGUUGGUUCCUCUCUUGACGAAGCCUGUGAUGCUGUUAAUUAUUGUGGACGGGAGAAUUUGUUUUUAAAAUUCAUUAAAAACACCUGGAAUUGA